CAAAAAAUAGAACACAAUUUUAGUUCACCAAGCCAACCAAUAUGGGAUUCCUAUCAGGUCGUUUACUUGUGGGGAUUCUCUUGGUUCUCCAUGUGUAUGGAGCACAUGGAAAUGUUGAUAUUUUUCGGGUUGGCUUAAACCAGAUCAACCGUGAUGCUCCCCCUUUGACCCCUACAUUUGGUUUGCAAUCGCUGAAUCGUAGUAGUUUCCCUAAAGGAUUCGUCUUUGGGGCAGCUACCGCUUCUUACCAGGUUGAAGGAGGAUGGAAUGUUGAUGGCAAAGGUGUUAGUAACUGGGAUUAUUUUACGCACAAAUACCCAGAGAAGAUUGCAAAUCGCAGCAACGGAGAUGUAGCAGAUGACUCCUACCAUAGAUACAAGGAUGAUGUGAAACUUUUGAAGGAUAUGAAUGCCGAUUCAUACCGUUUCUCUAUUUCCUGGUCCAGAGUUGUGCCCACUGGCAAGGUCAGCAAAGGGAUAAACCGGAAGGGAAUUCAGUAUUACAACAACCUCAUCAAUGAACUCCUUAAAAAUGGUUUGACCCCAGCUGUAACUCUUUUCCAUUGGGAACUUCCCCAAGCUCUUGAGGAUGAAUACAAGGGUUUCUUGAGUCCUAAGAUCAUAAAAGAUUUCCAUGACUUCGCAGACGUGUGCUUUAGGGAAUUUGGUGAUCGUGUUAAAAUUUGGAUUACAUUCAACGAGCCAUUUACCUACAGUCAAUUUGGUUAUGACAGCGGGUUGACUUCCCCCGGCCGAUGCUCACCGUGGGUAGACAAGACCUGCGUCGGAGGAGAUUCCGCCACCGAGCCCUACAUUGUCACACACUACCAACUCUUGGCUCAUGCCGAUGUUGUUCAGCUCUACAGAACCAAAUAUCAGGCUAAGCAAAAGGGUAAAAUUGGGAUGACAAACGUUGCUAUCUGGAUGGUGCCUUUGACAAAUUCAUCAUAUGACGCCCGUGCUGCCCGUCGUGCUUUGGACUUUAUGUAUGGAUGGUUUGUGAAUCCUAUAGUAUAUGGUGAUUACCCAACGACAAUGAAAGCUAUUGUUGGCAAACGUCUUCCAAAAUUCACGCCGGCUCAAUCCAAACUACUCGCCGGAUCCUAUGAUUUCCACGGCUUGAACUACUACACUGCCUUGUAUGCUUCCCGCCCGACCACCCCUCCGAACACAGCUCAAGUUAGAUACAUUACAGACAACCAUGUUGACCUUUCUGCUACUCGUAACGGAGUGCUUAUCGGAGAGCAGGCUGGUUCAGAUUGGCUUCACAUUUAUCCAUCAGGAAUUCAGUCGCUUCUUGAGUACGUAAAGCAACAUUACAAAGACCCAGAAAUUUACAUUACAGAGAAUGGGGUGGACGAAGUAAAUAAUCCCAGAUUAUCUCUUGAGCAAUCACUUCAAGAUAGCUUCAGAAUCCAAUUUUACUACCGCCAUCUUCAAUACGUCCGGAACGCAAUCAAGAAUGGAGUAAAAGUCAGAGGAUACUAUGGAUGGUCGCUCAUUGACAAUUUUGAGUGGCAAAAUGCAUACACAGUUCGUUUUGGAAUCAACUUUGUCAACUACACCACUUUGGAAAGGUUUCCUAAGCUAUCAGCCCGUUGGUUCAGACAAUUCCUCCACGAAUGAAAUUAAGUCAACGUUGCUUCAUAUCAUGUAAUUGGAAAUUAAGUCUCGUUUUCUUUUUCUCUCUUCUUUUCAUGAUGAGCUGAGAUUUGUGAUUUACUUCUUGCGGCUUAAGUUAGGAGCCAAAUAAUAGAAGAAAACACCCUCCUCAUUAGGUGUAGUCUUCUUCUUCGAGAUCUGUUUGUUUGAGUUUUCCUGUGCAAUUGUAUUGUUUGUUGUAACAUCCCAGUUAAAUGAAACAUAUAUUAGUCUCCUGUUUGCUCAUGAAUCCGGUAACGGUUUAAUGAAAGUUACGAAUCGAGGAUACAAUCUUCUACUUUUAC